UAUGACGGCAUCAGAGUCGCACAGUAGUGACGUUCGCUUGGCGGAGAGGAAAGAUGGCUACAUCGGCUUGGCUGCAUGGCCCAUCUGCUAUGCGACUAACUGAGGGUUUGGUGUCUGUUCUGAAAGAGCAGCGUCCGGAGCAUCUACCCGCUCUGCUAGCAGGCUACAGGGAGCACGGCGUGUUCCAGACACAGAGCGCGUGCGCCGUUGGUGGUCUCGUGGGUUUUAGCAAUGCCAAACUGGGCUCGAGCAAGACCAGGUUCGAGGGGCUCUGCCUGCUCUCCAUGCUGGUUAAAGACAGUUCCAGCGAUCUAUUCCAGCAGCACUGCCUGUCGUGGCUGCGCUCCCUGCAGCAGGUCAUACAGUCUCAGGCUCCAGUUGAGACUGUGCAGCUAGCAGUGAACGUUCUGAAGGACUUGCUGCAAUACUCGUCUCAGCUAGCAGAGCUGGCCAGAGAGGUUGGCCUCAACUCCAUCCUGGGCAUCCUCACAUCCCUGCUGGGUCUCAAGUCAGAGUGUGAGCUGGCAGCCAUGGAGGGAAUGACGGCCUGUAUGACCUACUAUCCGAGAGCGUGUGGAUCCUUGAGGGACAAGCUGGCAGCGUACUUCCUUUCCAAGAUGGACAGCACAGACAGGAAAACACAAGAGAUGGCCUGUCAGUGCUACGGUCGUCUGCCCUGCCUGGGCGGCGUGCUGGACAGAGGGGUCGGGGCUGGCAGAGCUGAGGGCUGGACCAAUCAGAUUCACUGCCUACUGGCCUCUGCCAAUGGCCUGCUGGCUCAGCUCUACCAAGGUUCAGAAACAGAUGGAGCGAUGCAGUAUCAAGGUCCCGGGAUGGAGCUGGCCUUUCCUCACCUGGACCCAACAGAUCCCCUGCUGCUCCUGCAGCUCCAGCACAGAUACACUGCUGUGUGCCUCGCACUCAAACACACACUUAGAGUAGAUCCCGCCUCAGCUGUGCGCUUGCCCGUCAGGCCAAUGCUCAACUUGGUGUGCCGAGCCCUUGCUGUCAGCUCCAAGAGCAUAAAUUUAACAGGAGAUGGAAGUGUGAGGCUGCUGGUCCUCCCCAUCAUACACAGCAACACCCUGGAAGUCCUGUCAAGUGUGAUCACUGUAGUACGGGUCGGCAUGGUUCAGUACGCUGCAGUAAUACAGAGGCUGUUUUCUCAAACACUCUCUGCUUGGACCCCCCUACCUGAGACCAGUGUGGGACAGCAGAGGGCCUACAGUGCAGUGCGGGUGUCAGUGUACAGAACCUUGGAGCUGUGGGUCCAGGUUGCCGGAGCGUCUUCUAGCAUCCUUCAGGGAAGCCCGGGGCACUCGGAGCUCCUCUUUAACCACCUACUCGGGGACAUCACACCAGGAGCAGAGUCUGUCAAGCUCCGGGCGGGACUAUCGGCUGAUGUUGUUCCUGGAGGAAAGCCUGGCCCUCGUAGGACGAAGCAUUUGGUGAUGGCAGAUACAGUCGGGCCAUCGCUGCAGAGGAAAGGAGACCAUCUAGCCAAUCAAGAUACCUGCCUUGCAGCUGUCAGGGCACUGAGACAGAUCAUACAGACCAGUGGGACGCUACUGAAGGACGACAUUCACAAGCGGCUCCAUGAGGUGGUUCUGCCACUGUGUGUGCGCCUGCAGCAGCAGCAGUCUUGCAGCAGCAAUGCAUGUGAAUCUGCAGGGAGCGCGAGUGGGCAGUACAGCAGUGCUCUGACUCGACGAGAACUGUACAGGUUAUUGCUGGCCCUGGUCCUGGUCCCCUCACCCUGUUGGCCCCCACCUCUGACCUGUGCUGUGUCAAUCCUCAGUAACGGGCGCACCGACAGGAAUGUUAAGGUGUCUUCGUUCUGCGCGGAGGCCUUGACCAUCUGUAACUUGAUCCUUCAUCCCCGCUUUCCCUCCAUCGCCCUUCCUUUGCCACCUCUCACCAUGAAACCUUCCUCCACCACUCCGGUCCUGCCCUCUUCCCAGGGACCUGCCCCUGGAUUAACCUUGCCAAACCUGCUUGGAGGUCCUGCCCCAGGCCCUCCUUUUCCCGCCCGUCACUCUCUCAACCUGGGCCCUGCUUCCCUUCUGAGCUCUUUUGAGAACCAUCUGUCUCUGGUUCCGGGACUUCCAGGCCAGGGUCCGACUGCAGGAGACAUGAUUCUGUCCCCACAUUCGCACCACCAGCCUGAUCCUGCAGGCCUGGGCCCUCCGGAUGGACAGAGACCCGUGUUUGUGCGUUUUGACAAAGAGGAAGCCGAAGACGUCGAGAUCUCUCUGGCAAGUGACUCGGACGACAGCGUGGUCAUUGUUCCUCCGGGUAUGCUUAACAUGGAGACUCAGCAGGACGACGCAGCAGCAAACUCACAGAGCAUGUCCUCCUCUGCACCGGGUGGCACUGGUGUGACACUCGCAGGUGCAGAAUCUGUCACCAUGGUCCCAACUACGGCAGCCGCAGCCACAAUAGACGGGGUCUCUCUGCCCAAUGACCUGGCUGCCUCUUCCCCCCUCCUCACUGCUUCCACCACCUCCAUCAACUCCUUUCCUCCUUCCAGUGCCUCGGUGGUCUCCCUGGUUCCACCUUUGAACUCCAGCACCUUUACAGCUCCACCUGUUGGUCUGGGGGAGUCAUUGCCUGGCAGACCGCAGCUCCAGCAGAUGCUUAUGCAGCCCUCGACGGCAAGCCAGGCUGGUCCCAUGGGGUUACCGCUCCAGAUGCACCUGCAGAAUCAAUUAAGUCAGCAGGGACGGCACCUCCACCAGCAACCAGCUGCUGCUGCCAGCAGCGAAGAUUCUGCUGUCAUCAAUAUUAACAGUACUGAUGAUGAAGAGGAAGAUGAUGAGGACAUAGAUGAAGAUGAAGAGCUGGAGGAGGAUGAGGAGGAGGAGGGGAUAGAUGAGGAGGACGAAGAGGAGGAUGUAAGUGAGUUAGCUGAUGAGUUUUUUGAUGGGGAGGAAUAUGAGGAGCUGGAUGAAGAAGACGGUGAAGAUUUGGAGGAGGAAGAAGAGGAGGAAGAAGAGGAAGAGGAUGGCGACAUACCGCCUCUGGAGGGAGUCGAAGACAAAGACGGAGGGUCGGGGAUACAGGAGGGGAAGCUGGAUGAGGAACGGAUUUCUGCAUUUAAUGUGGAGGAACGCACAGAAGGA